AUGAGAGUACUUGUACUAUACGCCGCUGUAAAGUAUGUACCUUCGGCUAUCGCGUAUUUCAACAUCUACAUCCGCAUCCAGAAAGCGGCACGGGUAAUAGAAGCUAAGAUACCACGAGGUCACUGUUGUAUCUCGCCUUGUUCCCAACCAGACCAAUUAGACUCUCCGUUUCUUGCAUGCGCAAGACACUAUCAAACAAGGACACCUGCUAUCCUCCGGCACGCUGGGUACGAGAAAUAUGCCUACUCAGGCCUCAACGCAACAGAAACAGACUCGUCAUCAAUUGAUGGUUCAUCUAAUGGCUGGGGUUUUGACCGCCUAUUCUUCGAGCUCGAUCCUAAGAGUGGGGACAUCUUAUAUCGAUGGAGUGCUCUUGAGCAUGUUCCUGUCAUUGAGACCAAGUUGAGUUUCGCUGGUAGAGGGGGCUUCAAUCAAUCUGUCCCGUUCGAUUGGUUCCACAUCGACUCUGUCGUCAACAUUGGCAAGCAGUUCUUGGUGAAUAGCCGACAUUUAUGGACCACCUAUCUUAUUAUGGCAGAGGGCGAUAUAGACUGGACUCUACAAGGAGGUAUUGGUGGCGAUUUCGGUGCUUUGCCACCAAACGGACGUUUUUGGUGGCAACAUUUUGCGCGUCCUCAUAAAAUCACGGAAACCUCAAUCACCGUUUCUUACUUCAACAACUUCAACGCCCUGGACAUCGCCAAUGGUUCCAACACAUAUCUACCCAAUGGCGAUAUCUUUGUGGACUAUGGUGAGAUCCCCGUCAUGAAGGAGUUUAGCUCUAGCAACCGUACUGGCGGCACUGUUCGCUGGACUGGGAGAUUUGGCUUGCAUAAUCUCGUGCAGAGCUAUCGGGGAUUUAAGGUCGAGUGGCAGGGUUUUCCCACUACCAGUCCCGACCUUGUUGUCGAAGAGGAUGGCAAGGGUCGUCUUGCAGGUUAUGUGAGCUGGAACGGCGCAACGAAUGUUGAGGAGUGGGUCAUCUACGAAGGAUGGGCCCACGAUAAGCUCUCGCAGGUCAGCCGUAUUGGGUACCAAGGUUUCGAGACCGAGUUUAGAGUUGAUCGGACAUGCGCACAGUGGCGCCAGUGGCCAAUGGAGAGUUUUCAAUCAGGUCAGGCGUUUGGAAUACCGGGGAAAUCUGUAAUGGCUGUCAACGCUGAAGGCAGAGUGGGAAACAUCUAG